GCAGAGAGAAACCCUGGUGACGCAGAAAAACAAGCUUCGAAAUUUGCUUAAAGCUUUUUUUUAUUUAUUUCAAGAAUCACAAAGUUAACGUUUGUUUGGUUAAGCAGCUACUUUAGGAGUAAAGUAUGAAGUUUUGACGAUUUUUGUGUUGUUUUUUUAUGUUGGUUUGUUACCCCGGCGACUUUGACCAGCUCUUCAUGACAGGUUCUUUUGACGUUAGCUUAGCUUAGCUAGCCAAACCGAUUUACCUUUAGUGCGAACUAAUAAGCACUCCGUCGUUUUAGCCGUUUUUCAGUCGGAUUUAUAUAGUAGUACAUAGAGACAAUGACUGGAAGAGAAGAAGAAUACGACUAUCUUUUUAAAGUGGUGCUGAUCGGAGAUUCUGGUGUUGGGAAGAGCAACUUGCUGUCACGUUUCACACGCAACGAGUUUAACCUGGAGAGCAAGAGCACCAUUGGUGUGGAGUUUGCAACUCGCAGCAUUCAUGUGGAGGGCAAGACUAUCAAAGCCCAGAUCUGGGACACUGCUGGCCAGGAGAGAUACCGUGCUAUUACCUCAGCAUACUACCGUGGGGCUGUGGGUGCUCUUCUGGUGUAUGACAUCGCAAAGCACCUGACAUAUGAAAACGCCGAGCGCUGGCUUAAAGAGCUGCAGGACCACGCAGACAGCAACAUUGUCAUAAUGCUGGUCGGCAACAAAAGUGAUCUGCGCCACCUCCGAGCAGUGCCGACGGACGAGGCCAAGGCAUUCUCAGAAAAGAACGGGCUUUCAUUCCUUGAGACCUCUGCUUUGGACUCCUCCAAUGUAGAACUUGCCUUCCAGACCAUCCUCACAGCAAUCUACCGCAUCGUUUCUCAAAGGCAGAUUUCUGGGCGUGGUGAUUCGGACUUCUCGCCCAACUCUAACGUGGUGCCCAUCACUGUGCAGCCCACACAGAGCUCGUCCAGGCAGGGUUCCUGCUGCCAGAACAACUGAGCAGCUGCCACAGCAUCAUAGGAUUGUGGGUAAAAACCGACACCAGGCUGGUCCGGGUUACAUAGUUUGUCAACCUCAUUAAGCAGCCUAGAACUCACACACACACAGUAAGAUUUACCGGUUACGCUCUUUGACAAGUAAAGCUUUAACAUAGGAAAACAGAGAAAGACACAAUUUUUAUUCAUGGACUGAGUUGUUCUUUAUAUUUUACACUUAUUAGAAACAGCACUAGAAGACCAUCACGUCUCUUUGCACUUUUGUCAAAACAAACUUAAAUUCAUCAGCAAACAGUGCAUUUGUGACACCACUCAGGAAGUUUUAAAUGGAAAAGGGUGCUACAAUGAGAUUCUCUGCCUUUUUUAAACCACUACACAUUGGUCUAUUUUUAUUAAACAGUCUCCUGAAGAAGCAUUUUUAAAUUAGUUUUAAAUGAAUCCUUAAAAAAUCAAAACAAAAGUAAAAAACAGAGUUUAUCUGUGUCUGCUGCUGUCUGCCUGUUGUUGAUUUUUAGAAUGACUCAAGAAGUGAAACAACCCCUCUAUUUAUUUAAUGCAUUAAAUAUGAGAUGACACUGUUGAGCCUUCAUUCUGUUAGCCAGUUUUUUAAUACAAUGUUUUCAUGUGGUGGGGUUUGUUACUCUGUAUAUAUUAUAUUAAAGGGGUUAAUGAGCUGAUUUCUUUCUGAAUUCUUUCUAAGUUCACUUUCUUCAUGUCUUUAUUUUGUACAACCUUCCUGAAGCAAAAGUUAAGUGUGUUAUUCCAUUACAGCUGCUGCUGUGUAUACAUUUGUCUGCAUUUUGCUGUUAUUAAAUGCUCUGAUUGUCUUUGGGUGUUAAGGUCAAGCCAAAUUAAGCCCAUGCUGUAGUCAACAGUUUUUUGACAGUUCUGAUUUGAUAAAACCUGUCUCAUCCCAAUUCAACAGACUAGCCUCAUGUUUGCAGCUUUUAAGGGUGUUGCCCUAUCACUAACAUUAAUUUAGUUGAAAUUUCAAGAGGCAGGGAUUAAGAUGGAGGCAUAAUGCAGAAAGGCAGAGUCAGGAUCAUCCUCAUCAUAGGUGGAUGGAUUAUAUUGCAGGACUGAGUAACACUGGUGCUCUGAGCUGCUCAGUGAGGAGCUUCUGGUGUACUGGAAAGGGGUAUGUCUUACUGUAAGUGAGGUCCUUAUUGCUCUUCCCUAUUAUCUACCGUAUGUAACCUGAAGAUAUUCAUACCCUCUGGGAUCUCUGUUAAUUGUGUCCCAGCUUUCACUUUCUUUGUUUCCCUUUCUUUCUCUUUUACACACACGCAUACAUGUGAUGUGUUCUUUUGCCUAGAUGUGUGGUCAUUAAGGUCAUUUAACUGUGCUACAGCUGAAAAAUUCCAUUAAGACAAAUGGGUAAACCUUGUUUAAACAUCUUUAUCAGGGCUAGGCAAUAACCGUUAUGCUUUCAAUAUUGCAAUAAAUUACCCAACCACUUACAGAUAAAGCAAUCAAAUGUUUGUAAAAUUCCUUUCUUCUCAAGAUUUGUUGAUGCAUUUUAAAAUCAUGUAUUGUAAAAAGAGUAUCAUCCGCUCCCAGCUGCAUAAAUUAUGUACAUGACAGAAUAUAUCUUUAAAGAAUUUGUGUUUAUCAGCAAACCCUGACUGAUGCUUGUUAAUAACACUGUUCUUAUAAGACAUGAUAAAAGAAACAUUUUUAUGUUGGGCUAAACAAAGGCUUUGAGUCUGAGCGACUAGGGUAACCAGUGUGUGAGUGUUUUCUGUAUAUGAGUCUUUAUCUGCAAUUAAAACUUAUUUGUCAA